CUUCAGUGUGCUGCUGUCAGUGUGUGUGGCUCAGUCCUCACUGUGUUCCCCUAUGACAGCCUGCUCUCAGCGCUCUAUCACAGCACGCUGCCCCACAUACCCCCCUGCCCUCGCGCGCUUUGGAUGAUUCCGACCGAGCUCCCCGGCAGCACUGGGAUGAACCAUGCGGGGGUUUCGGGGGAGCCCUCUCCGCUCUCCCCGAGUCCCAGCAUCGGUAGGAAGCGGCUGAGCGUGGGGGAGCUGCGACUGUACUUCGAGGCUCGCUGCUCGGCGGACAGAGACGGCCAGCGGGAGCCCCGCCGCAGGAGGAGGAUGGGCAGCGGCAGCUGGCACCGGAGUAACGGGGACCCGGAGCCCCGGAGAGGGAGCUGGGAGGCUCAGCAGCCGCCGCACGUUAUCCCCCAGCUGACCGUGACCAGCUCCGAGGAGCCGCCUCCCCCCAGCCCCUGUGCGGUGCUCAUCCCGGGCUGGGACGGGCUCAGGACGGACAGCUUCCUGAAACUGGGCAGCAGCCGCCGGCUCUCCGCCUCCACCAACUCGCUCUCCUCCACCGGCUCGUCCUCCGCGAUGGAGGACUCCGAGGACGACCUGCUCAGCGACUCCGAGAGCAAGAGCCAGGGCAACGUGGACCUGGAGCAGAGCGAGGAGCACAGCCAGCAUAAACCGUGGCAGAAGAUCAGGACCAUUGUGAAUAUUCCCAUCAUCAGUCCAUUUAAGAGGCGUUGGGUGCAGCUUGCUGGGCAUACAGGAAGUUUCAAAGCAGCAGCUGGUGGUACAAUUUUGAAACGAUACUCGGAGAAUGAGAAGAAUUGCUUUGAGUUGCUAAUGAACGAUUCCCUGAGCUGCUGUGUCCCUAGGUUUCAUGGAGUCGUGGAAAGAGAUGGUGAAAGUUACAUUCAGUUGGAUGACCUACUCAACAACUUUGAUGAGCCCUGUGUUAUGGACUGUAAAAUGGGAGUCAGGACGUACUUGGAAGAAGAGUUGACCAAGGCCCGUGGCAAGCCAAAGUUAAGGAAGGAUAUGUACAAGAAAAUGAUCGAGGUGAAUCCACAAGCGCCUACGGAUGAAGAAAAUGUUCAGCAAGCUGUGACAAAGCCUCGGUACAUGCAGUGGAGAGAGACUAUAAGUUCAACGUCAACACUGGGCUUUAGAAUUGAAGGGAUAAAGAAAGGCGAUGGGACUUGCAACACGAAUUUUAAAACCACGAAAACCCGAGAUCAGAUCCGCAAGGCAUUCCUUGAGUUCAUUGAUGGCAACAAAAUGAUAUUGAAUCAAUAUCUGUGCAGACUGCAAGAAGUCCGAGCCAUUGUGGAGUCUUCAGAAUUCUUUAAACGUCACGAGGUCAUUGGGAGUUCUUUACUUUUUGUACACGACAAGAAGGGCAAGUCAAAUGUCUGGCUGAUUGAUUUUGGCAAAACAACUGAAAUGUCCGAAGGUAAUACUCUAGAUCACCGCAUCCCUUGGCAAGAGGGAAACCGAGAAGAUGGUUAUCUUUAUGGAUUUGACAACCUAAUUGAAAUCUUAUCUAGCAUUGCAUCCUGAUGAGUACUUAAAACCUAAGCAACUGACCACUACACUAGGAAUUUUAAUCUUAAUAUAUGACUACGGGUUAUCUUUUGGUGAGAAAUUUAGCCAUGGAUUUUACAUUAUGGUGAUGGAACUGAAGACUCUUUUAAAUUGGAAAUUAUGCUUGCUUACAGUGUACAGCUUUUUAUACAGUCACGUAGGACCGCGUCCCUGAAGUCUGAUUUCCAGAUUUUUUUUUCGAGUUGAGAAGUCUGUGGAAUUCCAUUAUUUGUCAUGGUGGUCAUCCUUCAGGAGUCUCAUUCUACCUGUGAAGAUCCGAGGAGAUCUCAUUCAAGGACCUAAGAAGACGAGAAUCCUAAAAUAAUUUUGACAUUACUUAAUAAGGUUGCAUUUAGCCUGUGGUGAACAUUGUAACUUUGCUAAAUGUAUGAGCAAUGCAGGAACACAUUUUGAAAGUAAACAUUUUAUAUCUCCGUUGGUGCUGGGUAGAAUACUGUGAUAUAGCAAUUUAAUUUAAUGAAAUCAUUAACAAAAAAACCUGCAAAAAUGCAACAAAUUGGAUGAGGAAGUGGCAUAAAUCAUUUACAUAAGAUGACCCUUUAUAUUCCAUCAAGAGUGAUAAAGGUAGUAUUUAAAUACCUACUACUACAAUAAUUCUAUCCUACCCAUCUGAACUAAUUUUAAGUCGCAAGCCUAAGUACCAGCAGUGAGUGAUACUAGGAUGACGGGUUUUGUCUACCCCAUACAACUGUAAAUCAGUGAGUCGGCGCGUGUCAAACCCCUGUAGAUCUAGAAAUGUCACUAGUGGUUCCCAACAUUCUACAGUAUUUUAUAGAGAACUCUAUAGAUUUACCUCCUCUGUGGCUGCUAAGACGAUGAAGAUGGCUGCUAAAUAUUCGUCUCUCUUAAAUUAUGCAAAUCUGUGUCCGAUGCUGUAUCAAGUUAAAGCGCAGGUCAUGUUACUUGGGAGUGAGGUCUCUUUCUUUAAACUUCAAUACCACUCCAAAUUAGCUUAAGAAUGGUGUAGCAAAAUUUUAAAAGCCAUGACAUGUUGUUUUCUGAUAACAACACACUGACAGUUGCCAGAUUUUACACGUUCUAGCCAGUGAUUUUUGUUUUCUUCUUUAUAACAACUGUCGUUUUGCAACAACAACAAAGUUAUAUAUAUUUUUCUACGGAGGCUUCUGAACAAAGUUAAGCAAACGGGUAUAAAUCAAAAUUUCAUUAGUUUUUUGUUGCUGUGAUGAUAAAAAAAAAACAUAUUUUAGGUAGUAGAGGCUGAGCAGAUUUUUAAUUUUGCUUGUGUUGAGGAACAAAGUGUGUUUG